UUAACGGCUACUCGCCUCUUCGCUCUCUCUUAUCAUCUGUUCCACAUUGUAUCCAGGAAGCAUUUCAUUGGAGUCUUCUUCGUAUUCGCUGCCGAUGGCGUCGCUCACGCCGGGCGCCCUCCUCAAGCUUCUCCAAUCGAUGAACAGCGACGCCCGGGUCGCCGGCGAGCAUCGCUCCUCCGUGCUUCAGGUUACCGGCAUCGUCCCCGCCAUCUCCGCCUCCGCCGAAGAGGAUCUCUGGCCCUCCCAUGGCUUCUAUCUCCAGCUAUCUGACUCCGCCAACUCCACCUACGUCGCCCUUUCCGACGCUGAUGCCGAUGUCGUCCUCUCCAGCCGCCCCCAGCUCGGCCAGCUCGUCCACGUCGACCGCCUCCAGUUCGCCUAUCCCGUACCCCGCGCCAUCGGGCUCCGGCCCGUUCCCGGCUCCCGACCAUACCCCUUCCUCGGAUCUCCCGACCCCCUCGUGGCCCGCUCUUCCCCCGACCACCGCGGCUUUGUCAUCCAACCCGCCUCCCCCACCGAUGCCGGCCAUCCCUUCCACUUCUCUUCGUCCCUCGGAUCCAAUCCCUCCCGCCUGGAGGAAGAGAAAAGAACCGUCUUUGCCGCUAAGGAGAACGUGGUCAGCUCCGGUAAGAACCACGGAGAUGCUGCCCAAAAGCCGCGGCGGUUCCCAUCUCCCGCUGCAGCGAAGCUGGCCGCCAGGAAGAGUGGCCCCGGUAGCGGUAACGGUUCAGGGGAGCAGCCGCGUGAUCCCUCUCCGGUCCUGAAGAUGAGCUCGCGGCCUUCAUCGCCUGCAUCGAUGGGGAGGGCGGCCUCGAGGGCGUCGUCACCCAUCCCGUCCAAGUGCGAGGUGCCAAGCCUGGUGGCGGCAAAGGAGGAGAACCGGAGGGUGGCAAGAGAGCCUGCGAUCAUCGUGCCAUCAAGAUACCGGCAGCCCUCCCCAGUGCGGAAGGCGGCAGCAUCACCGAUGGGGAGGAGGGGCUCCAUGUCCCCGGCGCGACGGCCGUCUGGCGGGUUGAAGGUGUCCUCACCAGCGGCUGGGGAGGGUGGUGGGAAGAAGAAGGUAGGGCUGGUGGUUGCAGGGAUCUCGAGGGCGUCCGACGCGCUCGUGAGUUCCGUGAAGUCAAUCAGGAAGAGCUGGGACGAUCCAUCGGCAAGCGCGGUUGGUUCUGAGUCCAAAGAGAAGGGAGGAUCGAAGAGCAAGGUGGAUAAAGAGUCUAUCUUGAGAACUCAGGUUGCUAUAUCAAGGCGAUUGAGCGACGCUGGAGGACUACCAAACAGUAAUGAGGAGGCAGCUUCCAAUGAUAUGCCAAGAACGAGUAGAAAGAUGGAAUCCUUCUCCGAGUCAGAGAAACCAAACAGCAUGUCCCCGAGAGUUACCGUUCAUGACAGGAAGUGGACUGAUGGCAGCGUCCCGUUCGACUCUGUCUCUAAUAACCUUGCGAGGCUGGGGAAGGAAGCACUUCACAGAAGAAACAGCGCCUCCACAGCUGCAGCUGAGGCUCUGGAAGAAGCCCUGGUCACUGAAUCUGUUGUCAGGAGUCUAAGCAUGUUUUCUGAUCUCUGUUCGGCAUCCAAGCCCGGCAACCCCGUGCCAACAAUCGAUCGAUUCCUAUCGGUCUACGGCUAUGUCUUGAGGUGGUGUGGUACUGCCGAGUCUCCGUCUGCUGGCCGCAAAGCUGAUGGGCCGAAGGAUGCGAUGCUAUGGGUUGAGGCGGCAUUGGCCACUGACCUCGAAGUUCUUCAUCUAAUAAGCAAGGAGACAGAGUGCCUACCAAAACCGCCAUUUCCCCAAGUGGAUCCUCCAAGAGAAGAAAGCCCAGCAAACACCGGGACGAGAGGCCGCGGAGUGAGUGAAACAGUGGAUCUGGCUAAAGCUCUUAGACGCGAAAUGCAGAUUUGGUUCAUGAAGUUUGUGGAGGAAGCAAUGGAUGUGGGUUUCCGUUUACUUGGCGAGAACGCAGACAACAACAAAGUUGCAGCAGUUCUGUCACAGCUGAAGCGGAUCAACGACUGGUUGGAUGGGGUGAUGGGGAGGACGGCGGAGGCGGAGGAGGCACUGAAGGAGAAGAUCGAGCGGCUGAAGCGCAAGAUAUAUGGGUUUGUCAUCACUCAUGUGGGAUCUGCGUUUGAUGCUUCACUUUCAUUUGCAACGGCUUAAGCAAAGCCACAAUGCUUUUGGAGCUAAGAUUAUGAUGUACAGCCUUUGAAUCCCAUUGAUGAGUGCUUGUCUUGGAUGCUAAUGUAUUCUUGUUAGCUUUUGGAAUAAAAUCAAAUAGUUUUUUUCUUUUUUG